AUGCUGCAGCCGUGUCAGAUGGCUUCUCUAGACAUUGGGAUCAUUGGGCACCAGUUGCAGCCAUCCAUCUCGAAUGGAGGGCCUGCACCAGGCGCCUGGAGCACUGCUUUCCGCACAACGGGACGGCCGGGAAGGCCGGGAAGGCCGGGAAGGAAACAAGAAGUUUCCAAGGAAGUCUCCAAGGAAGUUUCCAAAGUCCAAGCAAAGCAAGUCCGAUCGAUGAAGCAAAUGAACCAAGCGAGGCAAAGAGUCUUUGGUCCAGCAUCCCUUAGCGGUUUGCUCGCUUUCGGCUGUGUCUGCAAAGCACGAUGCCAGCGCAUCAACAGCACAGCUAGGGCUGCAGUCGCAAAGGACAAGGAGAGUAUCAAUCAGGGUCAAUGGAGACUCUGGAUGGCCUGUGUGGCCGCGUUGCCGGGUAGCUUUCAGUAUGGUUUCGGCUUGAGUGCAAUCAACGUGCCUCAAAUGAGCAUUUGCAAUUCAUUGCACUUGGCCCCAACCUCUCUCACUUGGUCAGCGCUUGUGGCUAUUUUAUCACCCGCUGGUUUGGUUGGUGCUUGGUUGGCACCGUUGGCAGUAUCCCGUUUUGGAUUGCUAACCUCGUUGCGAAGCACCUGGAUCUUUUUUGUGAUUUCGGGAGUUCUUUUUCCCAUGGCACGUUUUGCCGCAUCCAAAGCAUCCCUGUGUGGCCUCUUGCUGUUUGCUGCGGGCCGUGUGGUGGGUGGCUUUGGUGCUGGUGCUGCCACGGUGUUGGUGCCGCUGUACCUCGGACGGAUUGCUCCGUUGAAGCUUCGAGGAGCCAUUGGCAACUUGCACCAGGUGGCCAUUGUGCUGGGACUCCUAGUCGCCCAGUUCGCAGGCGCCUUGCUUUCCUGGCCAAGGGCGCUCCAAAUGGCUGCUGCCUUCGGAAUCCUCCAGCUUUUGAUGUCACCGCUGCUUAGAGAAGUUCCGCAGAUCCAGGAGGAAACGGCUGGAGGCGGUUUCAGAGUUCUUCUGACUGAUCCUCAAGUGCGCCGGCCUUUGUCCAUGGCGAUCAUUCUCAUGGCUUUGCAGCAAUAUUGCGGUAUCAAUGGAGUGUGGUACUACAGCACGGAGUUCUUCACUCAAGCUGGUUUGCCAAACCCACUGGCUGGAUCUCUCCUGUCCUCAGUGAUUUUCAUGUUUGCGACGCUGGCUUCGGUGCCGUUAAUUGAAAAGGUAAAUGUGUUUUUAAGCUUCCAGGGGCAGGCGGGUCGGCGCCGCUUGUUGCUCCGCGGGCAGAUCGGUGCAGCAACCUCUUUGGCUUUGCUCACAGCGUCAUUGCUGGCCAACGUUGCUGGUUUUGGCGCCUGGACCGUACAAAUCACUUUGGCUGCUGUUAUCGGUUUCGUGGUGUCCUUUGCAAUCAGUUUGGGGCCCAUCCCUUGGCAGAUUGCGAACGAGAUCUUCCCACUCCGAUGCCGAGCAGAGGCGCAGUGUCUUAUUGCUUCGCUUUGCGAGAUCUUCAGCGCCAGUGUUGCUCUGGGAUUUCCAGUCCUACAACAGUCAUUGGGAGCCCCUCUGGCGUUCACACCGAGCAUCGCGGUGCUUGCGGCUGGCUUCGCUUAUGUCAGUAGGAAAUUGCCAGAGACGAAGAACCGAGAAGUGGAAGACAUCUUGGCAGACUUCAAUCAACGAUGAUGUGGAAAA